GUUAAAUCAAGAUCGAACCUGAUAUUCUUGGGCAAAGUUCUCUUUUGGUCUCGGCUGUGGUUUGUUCCAAUCUUCAUGUUGCUGUGGACAGCUCUUCUGGUCCUGGCUCCUGCCAGUGGGCUAUUUGCAACUACACCCAAACUUGUGAUCUCCCUUCAUCCUCCGUGGACCCCAGUUUUUGAAGGAGAGACAGUGAAGCUGACUUGCAGUGGGUUUAGUGCUCCUUUGCCAAGGAAAGUAUAUUGGUACUCUGGAAACAAAAUAAUUAAGGAAACCAAAGAAAGCACCCUGGAGGUUGAUCAUUCGGGCGAUUACAGAUGCAGGAUUGGCGGCAACUCAUCUGCGAGUGAUCCUGUGCACUUGGAUUUUACUACAGAUUUACUGGUCCUGCAAACUCCACAUUCUGUGUUUGAAGGAGACUCUAUAGUUCUGAAGUGCCAGACAAGGGCAGGCAUGCAGCUAAGCAGUGUGGAAAUUUAUAAGGAUAAUAAGUUACUGGCAUUACUUGGUGAAAACACUGAAUUCAACAUCCAUCGAGCAAGUCUGAGGGACAAUGGUGUAUAUCAAUGUACUGGAAUUAUAAGAAGUCUUCUCCAAGUUUAUUCCAGUAGUAAGGUCAAGAUCCAAGUCAAAGAGCUGUUUUCACGUCCUGUGCUGACAGACAACCUCUCUGAGACCAGAAGUGGGACCCAAGUGAUGCUGUUCUGUAAGACCCAGCUCUCUCCACAGAAGUCAAACAUCAGACUCCAGUUCUGCUUCUUCAGAAAUAACAAGGUCCUGGAGUCGGGCUGCAGCAACAACCCUGGACUCCAUAUUUCUGCCAUAUGGACUGAAUAUUCAGGGUCCUAUCAGUGCAAGGCAGGGGCAGUGAUUCCCAAUAUCUGGAAAGAAAGCCAGAUAUCCCACAUUCGUGUGCGGAGAGUUGACACCAAAGUCCAAACACCCACACAGCUGGCCUCAGAGCCCAUCCCUGCAGGGCAGGAGCUGCUGCUCAUCUGCUCAGUAGCAAGGAAACCAGCAAACCUCUAUUUCUACUGGUUUAAAAAAGGUGUACACAAUAAGAAAAAACAGACAUUCCCAGGAUCAAAGUACAAGAUUUCUGCAGUGGAAAACAGCGAUACCGGGCAGUAUUAUUGUCAAGCUGGCUACUCCACCAGUGAGCUACUGACCAUCAGAGUGAAAGUCCCAGUGUCCCAGCCAGUCCUCACCCUCAGCACUUCAAAAGCCCAAUUUCCAGAAGGAGAGCAGAUGAACUUUCGCUGUGAGGUCAAGGGAGGUUCUUCCGAGAUCUUGUACCAGUUUUUUCGUGAAGAUGAAUUCCUGAGGGAGAUAAAAACCACUUUAAGGUUGGCCAGCAUCUCUCUGACUGCAGAGCACUCUGGGAACUACUACUGCACAGCUAACAAUGGCUUUGGCCCUAAACGCAGUGAGGCCUUGAAGAUCUUUGUCAUCGUCCCAGUGUCCCAGCCAGUCCUCACACUCCACACUCCUGAAGACGAGACUGUUGAGGGAGACACAGUGACACUUCACUGUCAAACCCAGAGAGGAUCUCUCCCCAUCCGGUAUGAGUUCUAUCACGAGGAUGCCUACAUGGACACCAGCUUAGCAGACACGGGCACUGGAGCAUCCUACAGGUUCUCUCUGACCACAGAGCAUUCCGGGAACUACUACUGCAUAGCAACAAACAGCAUUGGCUACAAGCGAAGUAAGGCCGUGAGCCUCUCUGUCAUUGUUCCAGUGUCUCGCCCUGUCUUCACCCUCAGGAGUUCCAGGGCCCAGGCUGUGGUGGGGGAUAUGGUGGAGCUUCACUGUGAGGCCCUGAGAGGCUCUCCCCCGAUCCUGUACCGGUUUUAUCAUGAGGAUGUCAUCCUGAAAACCAGCUCUGCCCCCUCUGGAGGAAGGGCAUCUUUCCACUUUGUUCUGACCAUGGAACAUUCUGGAAACUACUCCUGUGAGGCUGACAAUGGCCUGGAAGCUCAGCGCAGUGAGUUGAUGACACUCAAAGCCACAGUUCCAGUGUCCCGCCCUGUCCUCACUCUCAGAUUCCCCAGGCCCCAAGCUGUGGUGGGGGAUGAAAUGGAGCUUCAUUGUGAGGCCCUGAGAGGCUCUCCACCAAUCCAGUACCGGUUUUAUCAUGAGAAAGUCACCUUGAGGAAUGACUCAACUUUCUCUGGAAAAGGAGUGUCCUUCAACUUCUCCCUGACUGCAGAACAUUCUGGAAACUAUUCUUGUGAGGCUGACAAUGGCUUGGGGGCCCAGCAGAGUGAGGUGGUGACACUUUUCAUCCCAGGGCUGACCAAGAACAGAAGAGGUGCUCUAGCUACAGGAGUCACUGGGGCACUACUCAGCGUGGUGGGCCUUGUUGCUGCUGGAACACUGCUGUUUUACUCCUGUUUCUCAAGAAAAGCAGGAGACAAGUCUGUUCCUGACUUCUCCAGGAACCCUUCAGAUUCAAACUCCCAAGAGGCCACUUACCACAAUGUACCAGGCUGGAUAGAACUGCAACCAGUGUACCUCAAUGGCCUCCACUGUCCUUCGUGUCUGUCUUCUUCCUCCAUCUUCAUGGCCAGUGAUGUUGCAGGAACUCGCUAG